AUCUCAAAAUUCAUCAUACUUUGACAUUCGGAAGUGCUCAAUGCAUUCCAGUUUCCAACGAAAACAACAGAAGUGAUGGAUCCGUUAUUCUUAGCAUACAGUUACUUUCGAAGACGAAAAUAUCAGCAAUGCGUUGAUAUUUGUACUCAGCUUCUAGAAAAAAAUCCAUACGACCAGGCCACAUGGACAUUGAAGACCAGGGCACUGACGGCCCAGGUGUAUGUUGAUGAAGUGGACUGGGAUGAAGAAGGGAUAGCAGAGAUGUUGAUGGACGAUAACAUCACAGCCCAGGUGGCACGUCCUGGCACAUCCCUCCGCACCCCUGGUGCGGGGUUAGGAGGGGUCAGUCAGGGGGUCAGGCCAAUGUCCCAGUCCGGACGACCCGUCACUGGAUUCGCUCGACCAGGUACGCAGGGAGGACGGCCUGGCACAAUGGAGCAGGCUAUACGGACACCCCGCACUGCGCACACAGCAAGACCAGUCACCAGCGCAUCCGGGAGAUAUGUCCGCCUGGGAACGGCCUCCAUGUUGUCUACCCCUGAUGGUCCCUUCAUUAACCUGGCUCGCCUGAACAUGUCAAAGUAUGCAGCACGUCCUGGACUGGCCAAGGCUCUCUUUGAGUACAUCUUUCACCAUGAGAAUGAUGUCAGAAAUGCCCUAGAGUUAGCUGCCCUUGCCACAGAGGCGUGUCAGUUCAAGGACUGGUGGUGGAAAGUGCAGCUGGCCAAAUGUUACUACAGACUGGGCAUGUAUCGCGAUGCGGAGCAGCAGCUCAAGUCGUCCCUGAAGCAGCAGGACAUGGUGGACACGUACCUGUACCUGUGCAAGGUGUACACGCGCCUCGACCAGCCCCUCACGGCCGUCGACUUCUACAAACAGGGGCUGGAAAAGUUCAAGGGAGAGACCAGCCUUAUGGCCGGAAUUGCACGCAUUUAUGAGGGCCUCAGUGACAUGGACAAUGCUGUGAAGUUUUACAAGGAUGUACUGAGGUUUGACAACAUGCAUGUUGAGGCCAUAGCCUGCAUUGCAACACAUCAUUUCUACACGGACCAGCCAGAAGUUGCACUGAAGUUUUACAGACGUCUGCUUCAAAUGGGUGUGUACAAUGCGGAGCUGUUCAAUAACCUCGGCCUCUGCUGUUUCUACGCUCAGCAGUAUGACAUGACCUUGACCUGCUUUGAGAGAGCCCUGGCCCUAGCAGAUGAGAACACGGUGUCCGAUAUCUGGUUCAACAUCGGCCAUGUUGCCAUGGGAAUUGGAGACAACACGCUGGCCUAUCAGGCGUUCCGACUCGCGCUUUCUAAUAACAACGACCAUGCAGAGGCCUAUAACAACCUUGGAGUGCUAGAAAUGAGGAAAGGGCAUGUGGACAUGGCGCGGGCUUUUUUCCAAGCAGCCUAUGUGAUAUCACCACACAUGUAUGAACCUCACUAUAACUGGGCUCAGCUGGCAGAUCAGCUCGGUGAUCUUCAGAGCAGCUACAACUCAGCCAAGCGAGCUGUGGACGCAUUUAAGGACCAUGUGGACUCCAAAGAUCUCCUCAAACAGUUGGAGCAUCACUUCUCACUAUUGUGAUUCAAAACUUUUUAAGUGUUCUGGGGUCGUAUUCCAGAAACAUCUUAAGUCAUUUCUUAAAUAUUUUCACUUAAGUUAAAAAUUACAAUGUUUUGUAUUUCUUAACUAAAUAAAGACAUGCAUGUUUUUUUGGUAUUCCUCAAAUAACAUUGACAUAAUGCUGUUAUUUUGAUGUAAUUUUUGUAUGCCUAACUAUUGCAGUAUGAAAUGAAACACUUAAGAAAAAUUCCCAAUUUAAGGAUAAAAAUAAAAUUUAACUUAAGAUGCUUCUGGAAUACCACCCCAGGUUGUUUGAAAUGUUCUUUGAAUAGUAAAUUGUCAAUAACAGCUUUGAUACCGUAAUUUGCUCUGAUUCUCUAAUAAACACCUCUGGGGCCUAUCUCGGGGGGUUGGGUGCAUUUAUUAGCAGUCAAAAUAAUCUAUGUACACAGCUAUAAGAAAAUUACAAUGUAUGAUAAUUGUACUGUUUAGCUAAUUAUUCUAACAUUUCAGUAAAAGAUCCAUUAAAGCAUCAACUUUGCAUGGCAUUUUGCAUCUGUUUUUGAAACAAAUUGGAGGAGGGGGAGGGGCAUUUUUUCGAUGAUAUACAGUAAAUAAAAUUAGGAAUAUGACAAGCAUACCAUUGAAAAUGAUCUAAGCAUAGGUUAGUAAAUAUGGCCAUUUAAGAUUUUGCCAUUUAAUUUGCGCAAAUAAUGUAAUCUUUAAGUUAAAGGCCAUUUGCGUAGCUGAUUGCUUAAGUUUUGAGCAACUUGGCCCAUGUAAUAUUACAGUAUUUUUGCUGUUACUUAGAAUUUUGUGAUUGGUAUAUGGUCUGCCCUACAUUUUGACGUUCUGUGUUGGAUUGUUGAGAAUAUUGAGCGUUUGUUGAUGUUUAUUUUUAAACAUUGUGUGAACAAUUAGUAAAUUAUUUAAAUACAUUUAUAAAUAUAAAUGCCGUAAUAACUCUAAGUUGUCAGACACUUAUAAAUAAAAAAAUUAAUUUGUCCGAAAAUUUAGAUACAAAAAAAAUGAUUUUUUUUUUUUAAAUACAGGUGUCUGAAACUUUCAAUGCAUAAUAGUACAUGCUUGUAAAAUAUAACUUUUAGCUGCUGAGUAAAACAUAACCAAUUACCGGUAUACAUAGUUAUUUACCCAAUACUGCAAAUGUAAUGGUAUAUUGCCUUAAGGUUUAAGUCUUAAGUCUGCCAGGUUUUAUUACCUUAAUCCGGUUGUAAAAACGCAUAAUAAAAGUGUAACCAGAUGAGCGCAACAAGGUAGAAUUCUGGUAAAAUAGCAUUGUAAAAUAGACUGUCCAAAAACUUAGUCAUUAAUUAUUUUGGCUAAAAACGGGGUUGUCCGAAAAUGUAAGUGUCCAAAAACUUAGAGUAAUUAUGGUGCACUCGCAGAGAUUUCUCAGUAUGCAUGUUUUAUGUUUCUGAUUUUUAUUUCUAAUUAUAACUAUCAUAAAUGAUAUUAAAUCAUAUUGCUUUGUGUACUUGGAAACUUUGCUAUUAUAGCAACUUAUAUUUUAAUUUGUUAUAUGACAUGUUUUCUGUAUAUAAAGGAAACUGUGUUUUAUCACAGGUGGUUAGCGUGUGGCUAUGAUAUUGAUUAGUGAAAACAUCAUUUUUAAUGAUAAAUAAUCAUAUUAUAACGAAAAAUUAACUUUUCUGAAAAAAAAAUAUUUCACUAUCAAAUAUAUAUAUAACAAGGUAUGCAACUCAAAAUCAGCCCCAAACGAGGUGCAUCGCUUUGAACAGCCAUAUCUUCAUCAAUUGUGCAGCGAUUUUCACGCUCUUGGUCUUAUUCAACGCAGAAAUGAAUUUCCUUUCUGGAAAUGUAUAUGUCUUGCAAUAUUUUUACAAAUGCUGGGUCAACUUUUAAGAAAUAACACGAUACAAAACACGCAUGACCCAGUUUUUUUCCAGAAAAGUUAAUUUUUCGUUAUAAUAUGAUUAUUUAUCAUUCAAAAUGAUGUUUUCACUAAUCAAUAUCAUAGCCACACGCAAACCACCUGUGUGUUUUAUUAUUGAAUUUGCUGUAUUUUCCUUCUACUCCUGUUAAAAGUUUCCAUAUAUAGAUACCAGUGUUAUGUAAAUGUUUCAUAUUUAUGUACAGAUUAAAUCAUUGUAUAGUUUAAGCAAUGUAAUAUUCAUUGUAUUAUUGUUAAUACUACAGAGCCCAUAAGUGUCAUCAACUGCUCUUUUAAGGCAGGUCUAGUAAAUCAUUCCAGCAUGUGGGAAUAAUUAUAUAAGUAAACUGGAUCCAUGUGCUAAUUAAUUUCAUCACUCACUGCUCUUGCUUAAUUUUGUUAAACUCAACAAAACUUUACCAAAACAUACAUGCUCCUCCCACACGUUUAUUAAAAUAAUGAAUUUUUGUUACUAAUAUUGUUUUUUGCACACAUUGCUGUCUCAUUUUUAUAAAACAAAUGCAUUAUAAAUUUAGCAAAACAUCACACAAUGUAUCCUGUCCCAUUCUUACAUGUACAUUAUAUUAUAUGGGCAUAUAAAAUUGGUAAAAAUGGC